GUUGUGAACUAUUUCUCCAGUAUUUCACAGGAAACAGAGAUCAGAACAGUAUUGUCCAACAUGGUCUCUACCCACGGAUUAAGGCAUAUACCAUCCGUGUUCACCCAUGGGGAUGGUACAGGCAUAUCUCCAUGAGAGUGGAGUUCUAUGGAUGUGCAGAGGAUCGUUGUGCCAUGCCGCUUGGUUUGGAAGACAAGCGUGUACCAAAUGGUCACCUCACUGCCUCCACUUACUAUAACCAUCACCUUUCACCCUGGCAUGGUCGACUGAACCACCGCUGGUCAUGGAGUGUGCGGCUCAGAAGAGUAGGACAAUGGUUUCAAGUGAACUUUGUAGAGUUGAUGCGCAUUAAAGGCGUAGCCACUCAGGGACGGCAGGAUGCAAAUCAGUGGGUGAGAAGUUACACAGUCAAGUACAGCAUAGAUGGAAUGAACUUUGUGCCCUACAAGGAAAAUCGUCGUGUGAAGGUAGGUGUUGAGCUGGUCAAUGUAAGAGUUGAAAUAAAAUUCUGUACAAUUCAUGUGUAUACUGUAUGGAUUCUGGUAUAAGUGUUGUCUUUUACUUGGUAGACAUGACACUCUAUUUCUCAGAUGUUAAGUCCUAGUUAGUAAGCAACUUUGAGGAUUUUUUCAAGGA